AUGUCAGCAAGCUUAUUCUCCAGCAUGCUGCAGCUCCGGAGCUGCCCAGAACCUCGGAACCUGAGAGGUUUCCCAGCCGCCAGCCUGGACAUUGCUCGGCAGCAGAAUUUCUGCCUGUGUUGGGAGGAUCUUGUGCGACAAGCGACAGCCGGCACUGGGGACCGUGUGUCCCCCUUGGUCGCAGUCGGUCCGGGUGGCUGCCAGGCCGCUCCUGUGACGACGGUGAUGAAGCUCACCCCCGCGCACCCCCCGGUGCCGGUGGCGGCAAGGCUGGCCCGGCCAGAGCCUCAACAGAAAGCUCCCUCUGCACCUCCACCUCCACCCCCACCCCCACCUCCGCCCCUGCCCCAGCCCACCCCACCAGAGCCAGAGGAGGAGAUCUUAGGGUCUGAUGAUGAGGAGCAAGAGGAUCCUGCAGAUUAUUGUAAAGGAGGCUAUCAUCCGGUGAAAAUUGGUGAUCUUUUCAAUGGCCGGUAUCAUGUUAUUAGAAAGUUAGGAUGGGGACACUUCUCUACAGUCUGGCUAUGCUGGGAUAUGCAGGGGAAAAGGUUUGUUGCAAUGAAAGUUGUAAAAAGUGCCCAGCAUUAUACAGAGACGGCCUUGGAUGAAAUAAAAUUGCUCAAAUGUGUUCGUGAAAGUGACCCGAACGAUCCGAACAAGGAUAUGGUUGUACAGCUAAUUGAUGACUUCAAAAUUUCUGGAAUGAAUGGAAUUCAUGUCUGUAUGGUCUUCGAAGUACUUGGACAUCAUCUCCUAAAAUGGAUAAUCAAAUCCAAUUAUCAAGGCCUUCCCAUCCGUUGUGUAAAAAGUAUAAUUCGACAGGUACUUCAAGGUCUGGAUUAUCUACACAGCAAGUGCAAGAUCAUCCAUACGGAUAUAAAGCCAGAAAACAUUUUGAUGUGUGUGGAUGAUGCCUAUGUUCGUAGAAUGGCUGCUGAAGCUACCGAGUGGCAGAAGGCUGGUGCUCCUCCUCCCUCUGGCUCAGCAGUGAGUACAGCUCCACAACAAAAGCCUGUUGGAAAAAUAUCCAAAAACAAAAAGAAAAAACUGAAGAAAAAACAGAAGAGACAAGCUGAGCUGUUAGAAAAACGCCUGCAGGAAAUAGAAGAACUAGAGCGAGAAGCUGAAAGGAAAAAAAUAGAAGAAAAUGUAACCUCAGCUGUACCAUCAAAUGAACAAGAAGAUGAGUACCACCCAGAGGUGAAACUAAAAACAGCUGAUAUAGAAGAGGUAGUAGAUGAAGAACCUGGAAAUGAUGAUGGUGAAGCAGAAGAUCAGGAUGAAAAAGAAGACACAGAGAAAGAAAACACUGAAAAAGAUGACGACGUUGAGCAGGAGCUUGUCAACACUGACCCUACAGACCCUAAGUGGAUAGAAUCCCCCAAAACAAAUGGUCAUAUUGUGAAUGGCCCAUUCCUAUUGGAACAACAGAUUGAAGAUGAAGACGAGGAAGAAGAAGAGUGUCCAAAUCCAGAGGAAUAUAAUCUUGAUGAGCCGAAUGCAAAAAGUGAUUACUCUUAUAGCAGCUCCUACGAACAGUUUAAUGGUGAAUUGCCAAAUGGACGUCAUAAAAUUCCUGAGUCACAGUUCUCUGAAUUUUCAGCUUCAGUGUUCUCUGGGGCUCUAGAGUCUGUAGCUUGCGGUUCUGUUGUUUCUGAAGAAUCAGCUGUAACUGAAAGAGAGGAGAGCAGCCCAUCUCAUGACAGGAGCAGAACAGUUUCAGCCUCAAGCACUGGGGAUUUGCCAAAAACAAAAACUCGUGCUGCUGACUUACUGGUGAAUCCACUGGACCCAAGAAACGCAGAUAAAAUCAGAGUUAAAAUUGCUGACCUGGGGAAUGCCUGCUGGGUGCAUAAACACUUCACAGAAGACAUCCAGACAAGACAAUAUAGAUCCAUAGAGGUUUUAAUAGGAGCAGGUUACAGUACACCUGCUGAUAUCUGGAGUACAGCAUGUAUGGCUUUUGAGCUAGCGACUGGAGAUUAUUUGUUUGAACCACACUCUGGUGAAGACUAUUCCAGGGAUGAAGACCACAUAGCAUUGAUCAUUGAACUGCUGGGAAAAAUCCCUCGAAAAUACGCUAUGUUGGGGAAAUAUUCCAAGGAGUUUUUCACCAAAAAAGGAGAGCUCCGACACAUUACCAAGCUGAAACCCUGGAGUCUUUUCGAUGUGCUCGUGGAGAAGUACGGCUGGCCUCACGAAGAUGCUGCACAGUUUACAGAUUUCCUGAUCCCCAUGCUAGAAAUGGUCCCAGAAAAACGUGCUUCAGCUGGAGAAUGCCUUAGGCACCCGUGGCUGAAUUCUUAGCAGAAUCUCCCAGCUGUUUAAAAAAAAAAGCCAGCAACCACUUCUUUCCAGUGCAUCGGACCUAACUGGUGACUGUCACAAAUUCUUUAGCAGGAUCACACGCGAGCUGGCUUCACUCCUCAGACCUUUGUUUUGCUUGAGGUACUGUUUGACAUUUUGCUUUUCGUGCACUGUGUUCUUGGGGAAGGGUAGUCUUUUCGUCUUCAGCUAGUAGUUUACUCACCCACUUUCUUCAGAAAACACUUAACGUGUCUUUAAGCAUUGUUUCUUGUGUUGUGUGGCAUUCAGAUGUCAGGUUUUUGAACAAAGGAAACUUCCCCCCAUGUGUUUUGGCAAGUUUUGUAACUAUUUAUGAAAAAAAAAAUAUUUUAGCUGAUGCAUAUUAUAUAAUUUACGAGCGUAAGAAAUUUAUCAAGUCAGAACUGAGUUACGGCGAGGAAUUGUACAAUUUUAUCUUCUGGCAAAGGGACGUCAUUCUUGUAUUAUAGUGUAUGUAAAUGCACCCUGUAAAUGUUUAUUUCCAUUUAAAUAUGGGACUGGGGACUCAAUUUCAGAGUAAAGCAACGAAGUCUUAGGGAGCUUUAUAGCAAACCAGUUGCAUGUAGUGGACUUCCAACUGCUUUAAGGAAUUGUGCAAACUUUCUAUUCUGUAGCAGUUCCCGUUCAUUGGAUUUUAAACAAAGUGGCUCUGGUUUACAGGAGUUCAUUCCCCAAACAGCACUUUAAGGGAAGGCUAGGCUUCUUUCUAAUAAAGUAUGCAUUAGCAUUUAGCAGUCCCUUUUAGAACUUUUGCCUAUUUUAAGUGCUUUUAAGAAAAGAAAAAUAGCAAUUUCCCUUACAAUGUGAUAGUGAAGACAUGGUACCAUAUGGUGUUGCCUUUUUAUAAGCACUGUAAGUUGUACUACCUUAAGAAAAAAAAAUUAAAAGUCGAGCAUGAGAACCACUCUGUGUAGAAUUACUGAUCUUUUAUAAUAAAAGUGUGCGCUUGGCCUCAGUUAAGGAAGGAUGGAGCUGCAGACAGUCACAGUGCAGUGGGUAAAGUAAUCCCGGAAGCAGGAUCGUGCUCAUUCCAUUCAUAGCUUUACAUGUUCCUACCACAAAUUGCACUAGCUUUAUUUUUGCCCCAUGACCAGACAUACGAGUACCCGCUGUAGGCUGCACGCAACAAUUACGUGUUUCCUAGGAAAAUAAAAAGCUGCAUAGGCUGAAGCUUAUAGGCAAUACAGAUUUUAGAAUGUACAGUACGGAGGUGUGCUUUGGCCUCUUUUAGAAGUCAGUGGGAUGAAUGUAAGCUUACUUCUGAUCUUCAUGUAACUACGGUGCCACUUCUUGACUUUGUCCAUAUGGAAUCUAUCCACAUGCCUUUGCAAUAACUAGAUUGUGAGAAGAUAGCCCCACGCUGUAACAAUAACCCGUUGUUUGAGGUGCUUGCAGUUGUCUAAUUAAAGUGUUUUGUUUUUUCA